AUGCGGUUCGACCUGCUGCUGAAGGAAGUGGCCUACCAAAAGGAGUUCGAGUUUGCCGGCAAGUUCAUCACCAUCCUUUGCGUCACCCCCUUCAUCAAGCUGCUCGAUAGAGGGGCCUACAACCACCUCCCUGAAGGCGAUUUCCAUAAUAUUCAAAACUAUUUUGGCCAGGAAUACCCCGAAGAACGGAUCAACUAUGGAAAUACACGGUUGGACACGAGACUGAAUUCUAUUUUAAGGGAUAAGGACUAUUACCGCCACGAUCGCUACAAGGACAGGAGAGACUAUGGACGAGAUGACAGGGACAGAUAUUACGAUGAUAGAAGGUACAGAGACAGAGAUGAGAGAGAUGAUAAGUAUGCCCAUUACCAAAAGGAUAGGAAGGAUGACAGAAGGGACUACAACAAAUACGACAAGUACGAAAAGGAUAGGCAUCGGGAUCGUGAUUACGAUAGAUCGCCACCCCGCCACAGCAAAUACGAAGAUGGAAAGGAAGGUGACCGCUAUUCCAAAGAUGAUAGGUACUCCAAAGAUGCCGAAAGAUAUUCAAAAGAUGCGGAAAGAUAUCCAAAAGAUGGCGACAGGUACCAGAAGGAAGGUGAUAGAUAUCAAAAGGAAGGCGAUAGAUAUCAAAAGGAAGGUGAUAGGUAUCAAAAGGAAGGUGAGAGAUAUCAGAAAGAAGGCGACAGGCCAGACCGCUAUGCAAAAGACGAGAGAUACGACAAGUACAGAGCCAGAGAUGAGGACUAUAAGCGCAGCUACGAUAAGCGAAAGUAG